GCGACAUUUCAACCUCCUCUCUUACAAAAAAUUGAAAAACCCUAACCCCUUCAAUUAUUAACAUCUCUCACUAAAUUAUCAUGACUCGUCUCUCUAGAUUCCUUCUAACCACCACCAACUCUACCUCUAUAAUAUCCGGUGCGGCGGAUCAGGCGGCGGAUUCAUAUCCGCCGUCCGAUCCGCCGGCGGCAGGAGAAUCCGACUUCGUCGUGAUUCUCGCCGCGCUACUCUGCGCGGUAAUCUGUGUCUCCGGUCUUAUUGCAGUUGCACGUUGCACUUGGCUACGACGUAGCAAUGACACGCCGGAAAAUGAUAAUUCACCAACUAUGGUGAAGAAGAAUAAAGGAUUGAAGAAGAAAGUUUUGAAGAGCUUACCGAAAUUCAAGUAUGAUCCAACGGCGAGUUUUGGUGGUGGUACGGAGUGUGCAAUUUGUUUGUUAGAGUAUGUUGAAGGAGAUGAGAUACGAGUGUUGCCGAAUUGUGGACAUAGGUUUCAUUUACAGUGUGUUGACACGUGGCUUGUGUCGAAUUCGUCGUGUCCUACGUGUCGGCAGAUACUAGUUGUUGCUCGUGCUCCGUGCCGGAAGUGCGGCGAGGUUCCGGCAAUGGCCGGCGGAUUCUCCGGCAACGGUGGUGGUUCGAUUAUAACACCGGCGGUGGAAUCUCGGACUUGUGCUAGUACAAGUAACUAUUUGCUGUAAGCCGGGGAGCAAUUAUUAUGUGUUUUAUGAGACAUGUGAACCUAUGCAACACUAAAUUUUUUAUGUAUAUAGUUUGUAGAACUGAUCUGAUAUUAUCUACUAGGAGACAUGAUAUAAAAAGUCUUAAUGGUACGCUUGGCUGAAAACUAAGUUUUCGUACUUGGUGCUGGAA